AUGUACGAACAGACCUCCAGGCCCUUACCAAAGAUGCGUUUCCUCCUCUCCGUCGCCGCCGCCGUGGCCCUCUUGGCCACUUCCACGGCCGCUCACAGCGGCAAAGACAGGAUCGUUUGGCACGAACGCCCGGUCAAGGAGCAGCAUGGCUGCAUAGUGACCUGCAAGAAGUCCUCCGAUAAGCCAUCGGAGUUCCUCAGGACACAGUGCGCUGUCUGCAUGGACAGGAUCAGGAACACCGUGUGCGCUGAUUGCGCAGCAGCGUACCGGGAUGGAGUCCCGUUCGACAAGUCUGUGGACCGCUGUUACCGAUGCCGCCAUGUAUCGGACUAUGACUCUUCCUCCGAGUUUGACGAGCCUUGGGACAAGGAUGGCGGAUUCUUUUGGCCCGGCCCCGAGGGCCCCGAGGACUGGAAGUUCCCACACUAG